AUGGCUAGGCACUGUGACAUGCCAAUGAGGUGUGUUAGGUGCGGCGAAAAGCACAAGUACGAGGAAUGCCCGGUACCGCAGGGGGAGGGCAAGGAGAAGUGCUGCAAUUGUGCUGGCGCGCAUCCUGCCAGCUACCUGGGGUGCCCGGAAUUCCGUAAAGCUAGGGACCGCCUAAGGGGAAAGCACCCACAGACAACAGGGGCUAAGCUUCGCGCCGCACCUCCACCACCUCCACCACCACCAAGCCGAUAUCCAAGACCCACAGCGUCAAGGGUAUUUCAAUCUCGGACAUACUCGUCAACGGUCAGUGCCCCACCUCGCCCUCCUCCACACAACCAGGUUCCUGUCAACGGAGAAUCGCCUAGGGAAGCCCCCCCCUACUCACUAGAGCCCAGUCUGCGUGACACGACACAGAACGUCUCGGUGGAACAACUGGCAGCAACAGUAAAGGCCCUUCAGGCUCAGACAGAAGACGGCCGCCGCGAGAAGCCGACAACGAAGAAGAGGAGGAGAAGGAGGAGGAGGCGGAAGCGCGCCAGCGCUGAAACCCCCGAGACGCCGAACAAAGCAGCAGCGCCUCGCCACAACGCGCGGCCGGCCCCUCCACCCGCCAGUGGCAGAGGUGGUGGGGGGGGGCCCCCGCGCGAGCAGGAGGGACGUCACUCAGCAAGCAGCAGCGGUGUGGGCAACAUCGAAGCGCUGAUGGAGGAAGCGGAGUCACGCUUCCGGAUGGCCCUACACGCGGAGAUGGAGGCUGCCUGCCACCUGCUGAGGGAAGCCUUGGCUCUGCGCCUUCAAUGUGAUGGGCCGACGGCACACACCAGCGCGUCCGCGGCCACGCAGACCGAAGACACCACCACAAAGAAAAAGAGGAUGGUGAUCAACCGCGCCAGUCAGACCACCGACGGCGCCUCAACCAUCCCCACAGAAGCCAGCGUGCGUGUCGAUGAGGGCACCCAGACGUCGUCCAAACGGUGCAAGCGCCAUCGAGGCGCCCAAACCGAGACGACGGAUGCGGUGUCCAUCGGCACGCAAACGGAAGUGGCAGCCACGGAGCCCACCAGGUCUCCAUGGAAGCUGCACAAAAUCGAGACGACAACGAGCAGCCAACCUCUCACGCCGAGCUCUCCCUCCCCAGGGGUAGAGGACCUCAGAGUGAGAGAAGAAAGGAAAAGAAGAGAGCGAGAGGCGGAACACGAAGCCGCCCUUGCCCACCGGGAACGACAGCGCCAACUUCAAUGGCGCCUCCGUCUCGGUAAAUAA